UAGUAAUGAAAACAUUGGUGUUCAUCAUUUGUGGUACUAAGAUUUGUAAUUGAUAUGGUUUAGUUAUGUAUACAUUUGCUUCACAUGCUUAUAUAUAUCCAUUUAAUGAAAACAAAGCAACAUAGCUGGAGGAGCUCAACUAGAAGUAAAUUGCACAAUUAAUAAAAUAUAAUAUUGGGUUAGUAGAACAUGUCUCACAAGAUCAAUAAAAAGUAUUUGAAGAAUUGAUAAUGUACUUGAUAAGAUAAUAUUUAAUAGAUCAUUUGGAAAGGGUAAUAUUUUGACACCAACAGAAAUGAAUUAUUUGAUUCUUAUAGAGAGUGAUAAAUUGUAUUAAGGACAAGAAGGCAAACAAUAAAGAGUGACUGAGGGAUUUUCAUAAAGUUUCAAAGUGUUAGAGAGAGAAUAAAUAUCUUUGAUGGAAACAUUAUUUGGAUAAUCAAGUAUUUGUAUAUAAUCUGACAAAUAGCUGAUUCAUUAAUUUAAAAAGCAAAUAAAAUAUUCAAUAACUAGAAUUUAGGUUUUAAAAUUUACUAAAAUGAGAAUGAUUUAGAUAUAAAUUAUUUGGAAUGGACAGUGACACUUUAUCUAGGCAAAAAUGUAAACAAUAAUUAAAAUUAUAGAAUGAAGUUUAUUUUUAUGAACCACACAAAGAUAAGACAUAUAAGAUUGAUUCAUCAUUGGAGAAAUGUGUAGAUAACUUUUUCGGAACAACUUUUGAUUAUGAUCCAAAAGACAAGAAAAUCUACAAAUAUAAUACAAAUGAUAUGUUAGAUAUAACAAAAGACAAUGAAGAUUAAAUUACGGGUUUUUUAAAAGACAUCUGUGCAAUGAACAAGCUUUCAUCAAACUUCAAAUAGAGUAACAAGAGUUUUUAUUGAAUUCUUAGACAAUUCUCCAAAUAUGUUAUCUAUUAUCAAUAAAUCAAUAGCCAAAUUAGAGAAAAUUUUAACAGAAUCAGAGCUUGAUCUGGUUUAUGAUAUGAUGAGAAUUGCUCAUAAGAAAGUAUAGAAAGUUAAUAGAUAUCAUCUUUUAGCUCUCAAAAAAUUUAAGAAAUAACUUUGAAAGCGAAGAUUUGUUCGGAUUGAUAUUGAUUGAAGAUGAGAAAAGUCCUUAAUUAACAACAACUAAAGAAGCAGCUAAAGUUUAAAGAAUUUUGAUGGAAACAAGAACUAGAAUGCUAAAUUAAGUUACUGUAUUUAUAUGAAUAAUAUUAUGUUUAGCAAACUAACAAUAAAAAUUAAGUGAUGGAUUCAACCACUUAUUAAAUAUACAUAUGGUUUGGAAUCUUCUUUGUUAUUGUUCUUAUUGGUAUCAUUUAUGCUAUGGUUACCAUGGAUAUUCAAAAAGAUACAUUAUUAUAUGCUAAGUUUUUAACAACGGAUCAAAGAUGAGUAGUAUAUUUAAAUAUAAACCCC